AUGCGUGUGGCCAACAAAGAAGCUCCCGAGCGUAAAACAGCCCGUCUUGGACUCGAGGCUGCAUGCGGAUAUCCAGCGUCCUUGCUCUGCGGUGACCACGCAAAUGAGCUGGGGACGAUUAUGUCGAGGAACGCCCGCGAGAGACCACCACCACAAAACUUUGUCCGGUAA